AUGGGCCGUGGAAUCAUCGGAAUAUGUUUGAGCCUUUUCGUCCAGCUGGCGAUGGGUCAGUCCUAUUUGGACAUGCGCCAUCAUUCCUACCGGGAGAUGAAGGAGUAUCUUCGCCUCGUGAACAACUUAUGCCCAGAGCAAUCGCGACUUUAUUCAAUCGGAAAGUCGGUUCAAGGGCGGGACCUGCUUGUUUUGGAGCUUGGAUCUACUCCCGGUCAAGAUCAGCUUUUGAAGCCAGAUUUUAAAUAUGUGGCGAAUAUGCAUGGAAACGAAGUAGUUGGAAAAGAGCUCCUCCUCUGGCUGGCUCACUACAUGUGUCAAGAAUACAAGGCUGGCAACCAAGAAAUUCAAUUACUGAUGAAUACAACUCGAAUUCAUUUGCUCCCGUCAAUGAACCCCGAUGGAUACGAAGCAGCGCUUAACUAUCCUAGAGAGCCAAAGCCGUACACAUAUGGUCGCGCAAACGCCAAUGGUCAGGAUUUGAACAGGAAUUUUCCAGAUCUUGAUGCGACAGCCUGUCAGAUUCCAAAUGGCCAGCGAACUGAUCAUCUCAGUCGAGUCAUGGACUUCCGACGGGAACAACGAUCAGCGAUGUUGGCAAGAUCUAUCUUUCAAGAAUAUCCGGAGAGCUUCUCCAAAGAUGUUUACAGUGCUCUUACCAAACGCGCUGGAGAAACCGAAGAACGUCAGCCCGAAACCGAAGCUGUCAUGAACUGGAUCUUGCGACACAAGUUCGUGCUCUCCGCAAAUCUGCACGGAGGGGAUUUGGUCGCCAAUUAUCCUUAUGACGCUUCGUGCAAUGGUCAAGAAAUGGGUCACUAUCAAAAAUCGCCUGAUGAUUCGACUUUCCGUUACUUGGCCAGUUCUUAUUCAAUGGCGCAUACGAGAAUGAGCAAAAAGGGACAAGCCUGCGAUCCGGGGGAGAAAUUUGCGAACGGAAUUACCAACGGAGCAGACUGGUACUCCGUCCCGGGCGGCAUGCAGGACUUCAACUACCUCGCCUCGAACUGCUUCGAAAUCACCCUUGAACUUGGCUGCGACAAGUUUCCAAAAGAAGACACGCUGCCGACCUACUGGGGAGAAAACAAAAACGCGCUCCUCGCUUUUAUGUCAAAGGUACACUGCGGCGUUUACGGACUCGUCGUUGACGCGCAAACUGGUGCACCGGCGACUGGAGCGGUGGUCGUCAUCAAGGGAAAUUCGCAUGGAAUUACUGUUACGAAGAAUGGAGAGUAUUUCAGACUUUUGGCGCCGGGAGAUUAUGAGAUUGCCGUCUCUCUUGACAGCAAUUUUGAUGAUGAUCAGUUUUUCCCAAUCACCGUCCCCGAAUGCAAGGGGCCCGGCUACGCUGUCCGAAAAGACUUUAAAAUCUGA